UGAUCUCAGUAUAUUGUCAUCUCCAGGUGAUGGUCAGCGGCUGAUUGUUUCCUCAAAGCUCUGCGAAUGUUUGCAUUGGUGUUUUAGUUGCAGUAUGGCAGAGGAGCGAGUAAAGGAUUUUCUGUCAGAGAAACACAGUGUGAGAUCAGGAUCAUGUGCGUCCAGCUCUGUGUUUCUGAAAAGUGACCUGUCUAAACAGUAUCCAAUAAACUUCAGUGAGAAAACAUCAUCAUCUGGCAAAAGUGUUGAAUAUGAGUUACCAGAUUCAGGAGACGAGACUCACAGGAGACACAAUAGUUUCACAGAAGAUCUCCUCUGGAUCUUCCAGAGUCUUGAGAGCAAAAUGAUCAAAUUUCUGAAGAAUGAACUGGAAAAGUUAAAGAAAAUCUUACAAGAAGAAAACAGACAAGACUUAGUAAAGGACUUUAAUAAGAACAGAUGCACAAUCACUGAAGCAGCUCUUGAUCUCACACUCUUCUUCUUGAGAGAGAUGAAGCAAGAUGAAGCUGCUGAUACUCUCGAGGGUGAGUUGUUCUUAAUCAAUCAGCUUAAAUGUAGCCUGAAGAAGAAAUAUCAAAGUACGUUUGAAGGAAUUGCUCAGCAAAGAGACUCCACACUUCUGAAUAACAUCUACACAGAUCUCUAUAUCACUCAGGGUACGAGAGAACAGUUCAACACUGAACAUGAGAUAAGACAGAUUGAAACUUCUUCUAGACGUCACCAAUCACCAGAGAUACAGGUCGAAUGCAAACAUUUGUUUGAAGCACCUGAACAAGACAAGCCGAUCAGAACUGUCCUGACAAAAGGAGUUGCUGGCAUCGGGAAAUCAGUCUCUGUUCAAAAGUUUGUUCUGGAUUGGGCCGAAGGAAAAGAAAAUCAAGACAUCAGCUUCAUAUUUCCUCUUCCAUUCAGAGAGAUGAACUUGCAGAACAAGAAAAAACUAAGUUUGAGAGACCUCAUAACUCAGUUUUUCCCAGAGACUGAAGCACUGAACCUUACAAGAAGCACACGAUUUAAAGUCCUGUUCAUCCUUGAUGGAUUGGAUGAAUGCCGUCUUCCUCUGAAGUUUGCUGGUAAUGAGACAUGUGGUGAUGUAUCAUCAGAAGUCUCUCUGGAUGUUCUCCUGACGAACCUCAUCAAGGGAAAUCUGCUUCCUUCUGCUCCCAUCUGGAUCACCAGCAGACCAGCAGCUGCCAGUAAGAUUCCUGCUGACUGUAUCGACCGGCUGACAGAGAUACGAGGAUUCAAUGAUGCCCAAAAGGAGGAGUACUUCAGAAAGAGACUCGCAGAUCAGAAUCAGGCCAGAGAAAUCAUUGAUCACAUUAAACAGUCAAAGAGUCUCUUUAUUAUGUGCCACAUCCCAGUCUUCUGCUGGAUUUCAGCCACUGUUCUCCAGAACAUUUUGAAGGAGAACAGAAAUAUUGAACUGAAACACAGGGCUUAUGCUGAUACACUGCAGGAAUCUCCCAAGACUCUGACACAGAUGUACACACACUUUCUCCGCUUUCAGAUCCAGCAGAGCAGAGAAAAGUAUGAUGGAGAAAACACAGCAGAUGUUUCCUGGGAUCAAAAUCUCAUCCUUUCACUAGGAAAACUGGCCUUCCAGCAGCUGGAAAGAAACAAUGUGAUCUUCUAUGAGAGCGAUCUGAAAGACUGUGGCAUUGACGUCUAUAAGGCAUCGGUGUACUCAGGCAUGUGUACCCAGAUCUUUAAGAAGGAGACGGGAAUCAUUUUUGGUACUAUGUACUGCUUUCUUCACUUAAGCCUUCAAGAGUUCAUUGCAGCCCUUUAUCAACAUCUGUUUCUAGACAUCAACAAGAAUCAUGUAUCUUUUUUUAAACAGAAAAGCAAAAAUAAAGGCAUGAUUAAUUUCCUGAAGACUGCAGUGGACAAGGCUCUGGAAAGUGACAAUGGACAUCUGGACCUUUACCUUCGCUUCCUUCUCGGUCUGUCACUCCAGUCCAAUCGACAACUCUUACGAGGUCUGUUGAUGCAGCAGGAUGACAGAGAGCAGAGCAAAGAGGAAAUAAUUUCAUACAUCAAGCAGAAACUUGAAGCGAAUCCGUCUCCAGAGAGAACCAUCAAUCUGUUCUACUGUCUGAAUGAACUGAAUGAUCAAACUCUGCUGAAAGAGAUUCAGUCUCACCUCAGUAGUGGAAGUCUGUCAUCUGCUGACCUUUCACCUGCCCAGUGGUCUGCUCUGGUCUUUGUGUUGUUGACCUCAGAGGAGGAGCUGGAGGAGUUUGAGCUUCAGAAAUUCAAGAAAUCGGACGAAUGUCUCAUCAGACUAUCAGCAGUCAUAAAAACCUCCAAAAGAGCUCUGCUACAGUGCUGUAAUCUGACUGCUCGCUCUUGUGAGAGUUUGUCUUCAACUCUACAAUCCUCAAACUGUGUCCUGAGAGAGCUGGACCUGAGUAACAAUGACCUGCAGGAUUCAGGAGUAAAGCUUCUUUCUGAUGGACUGAAGAGUCCAGACUGUAAACUGGAGACACUGAGAUUGUCUGGCUGUAUGGUGACAGAGGAAGGCUGUGGUUUUCUGUCUUCAGCUCUGACUUCAAACCCCUCACACCUGAGAGAGCUGGAUCUGAGCUACAAUCAUCCAGGAGAUUCAGGAUUCAAGCUGCUCUCUGAACAACUGGAGGAUCCAAACUACACACUGGACAAACUCAAUCUGGAUCAUGGAGGAGAGAACAGGAUUACAGCAGGACUGCACAAAUAUGCCUGUUUUUUCACACUGGAUCCAAACACAGCAAACACUGAACUCAUUCUGUCUGAGGAGAACAGAGAGGUGACAAAUUUGUUAGAGAAACAGUCGUAUCCUGAUCAUCCAGACAGAUUUGAUUUUUGGCCUCAGGUGUUGUGCAGAGAGAAUGUGUGUGGACGCUGUUACUGGGAGAUUGACUGCAAUGGGGUUAAAGGUGUGUUUAUAUCAGUGUCAUAUAAGAGCAUCAGCAGGAAGGGACGAAGUGAUGAGUGUGUGUUUGGAUACAAUGAUCAGUCCUGGGGUUUGUUCUGCUCUUCAUCCUGUUUUUCAUUCAGACACAAUAACAGACAGACUCGUCUCCCAGUAAAGCCGCUCAGCAGUAGAAUAGGAGUUUUUGUGGAUCACAGUGCAGGAACUCUGAUCUUCUACAACAUCUAUAGAGACACAAUGAGCCGCAUCCACUCAGUCCAGACCACAUUCACUGAGCCGCUCUAUCCUGGGUUUAGUGCUAGUUCUGGAUCAUCAGUGAAACUGUGCUGAAAACUGAGAGACUGGGGAGAGAUUUACCCAUAAUCCUCUGCUCUGCAGGAUCAGCCAGUAGCUGUGAUGUGCACUUGCCUACCUAAAACAUUUAAAUUCCUCUUUAGUCUUCAAACUUUACUCAUGUAGGACAUCUAAUGAUUACAGCAGAGUAAAUUAAUGUCUGAAUUUUUCCAUUAUUACUUCACAAAUGUUAAAUACUGUAGGACAUUUACUACAUGCAUUUAAAAAGCUUAAUAAAGCAGCAGCUUUUAUUAGUUUAUUAUUUAAAAUAAGUGAAAGAUAAGUGAAGAUAAAUGGGCUCUCUUUUCAGCUUGGUGUAGAGAACACCAGUUAAACCCAGUCAGCUGUCAGGUAGCCUCAGUGCUGGAAUUUCUCCAAGAUCGCCUGUCUGCUGGGUUAGCUGCAUCCACUCUGAGAGUGUAUGUUUCAGCUAUAGCGGCCUACCGUUCCCCCCUAGAUGAUGAGUCACUAGGGCAGGAUCCGCUAAUUCGUCGCUUCCUAUGUGGAGCCAUAAGGCUAAGGCCUAUCAGCACACACAGAGUACCGACAUGGGAUUUAACAUUGGUGCUCGAGGGCAUCUCUGUUCCCCCAUUUGAGCCACUGCAGGAGGCUUCAGAUAAGUUUCUGAAAAAAAGCAGCUUUUUUAUUAGCUAUUUCUUCUCUAAAAAGGGUUGGUGACCUCCAGGCUCUGUCAGUUGCACCUUCAUUUCUGGAGUUUGCUCCGGGCAUGUCUAAAGCCUUUCUUUAUCCCAGACCUGGGUAUGUGCCGAAGGUGCCCACUCAUGUGGCGAGACCUGCUGUGCUGCAGGCCUUUAAUCCGCCCCCAUUUCAGUCGUCGGACCAAGAGAAAUUGAAUUUACUCUGCCCAGUUAGGGCUCUGGAUACAUAUGUUAACCGGGUUAUCAACUGGAGAAAGAGUGAGCAGUUACUGGUCUGCUUCGGACCCUCAAAGAGGGGGAGACCGGCGAACAAGCAAACAAUAAGUAAUUGGAUAGUUGAGACUAUCUCAGUUACCUAUCAGGCUGCUGGACGUCCCGCACCUAAAUUUAAGGCCCACUUCACAAGGGCUGUAGGGGCCUCCAAAGCUUCUAUUUCGGGCUCUGCCCUUUCUGACAUUUGUUUGGCGGCAGGAUGGUCGACGCCACAUACAUUUGUGCGUCAUUAUCAACUCGAUGUAGACCCCUCACCAGGGUCCUCUGUUCUCACUGCGUAGUGUACGUUCACAGUCAGCAGUGAAUCUGGCCUAGUGGGUAUUGCGUUCCCCUAGCGUUCUGGUUAGACGCAGUGUUGAAGUUCCCUAAAAGGGAAAUGUCUCAGGUUACGUAUGUAACCAUAGUUCACCGAGAGGGAACGAGACACUGCGUCUUCCGCCAUACUCUCUUCUACCUGUUACUUCGUUCAAGCAAAUUUGAAGUUAACACUGAAUGCAGGCUUUUAUACUCUCUGGUCUGACGACACCGCUUAAUUACAUUAGAUUGAUUUCACAUGUGCUUCAAGACGCGGUGUUCCCCUAGCGUUCUGGUUAGACGCAGUGUCUCGUUCCCUCUCGGGGAACUAUGGUUACAUACGUAACAUGAUAACAUGAGACGGUUUCAGUGUUAUUUAAAAUAUGAAAUUUUAGUAAAUAUAAAAUCAUCCAAACGUGUGUCUUUCCAUACUAUCUAAGAGGGGACCUUUUUGGUUUUGGGGUCAAAACUUUGCUUUACUGCUUUGCAAAUCUUUAUUUUGCUCAAUUAUAUGAUGUGAUAUGAAUGUCAUUUUAACAUUGGCACAUUUAGUGAAGCAACUUUUUAAAUCAGUAAUCAAUUUUGAGUUUUGACCUUUACAUGUGUGCUAGUGUCAGGUUCGAAUCUACUACACCAGAUAUUUAUAUGAGAAUCAACAGAAAACUGUGGAAAGCAGAAAACAUAGUGUGUAUUUAGUUCAAACUGCUCAUUUGACAUUAACAGGUUAACCUGUGUGGAA